AUGGCCACGGCUGUCCACGCUCUGGCCACGCACGCCCCUCCGAUGGCCUUUGACUCGCCGGGCGCCACAACGCUGGAGGAUGGGGGUGCUGAUCCAGCGGGCCAAGCUGUUUCUCCCGAAGUCCAGCACAUCAUCACCGAUCAGGUGGGAAUGCUGACAAAGGCUGUCGAAGGUCUCCGCGCUGCCAUCGGAGAGCUCGGCCCGCUGGCAAUCGACCCGGAAGAGCUGGACGCUUCCAUCGAGGCAUUGCAGGCAGAAGCUAAUGACGCUACCCUCAAACUCAUGGCCGAAGCCGAUGCCUUUCGCGCUUGGUCGCACUCGGUCGAGGCUUCGCUUGCCCCAGACGCUCUUGAUCUCGGCCCGCACCCGCCCACCGACGCAUAG